AUGUUCCCGUGUAUCAUUCUAGCACCCGAAGAUGUGUCAUUACGCACGCUAACUAAAGAAGCGUAUGAAAAGUAUCUGUCCGAGUAUCAUUCAUGGGCGGUUCGAAAAGCGGUUGAUUUGGCUGUUUACGCGUUGCCUACGCGUGAAUAUCUGGCAGAUCAUAUCGUGGAUGGUCAACCAAAAGAUAGCCCGUACAACGAUCGUGAAACGUGCCGUUCCGGAAUGUUGAACGAGGCGUUGCCAGCAAUGCGCAAAGUUUACGAUUGCGUUCAGAAUUAUCUGGCCCAGCGAAAUAUGCUUCACCUUCCGUGA